UAACACUAGUCAGUGAUGUUUCACGCCUGAACUCACUGCUGUUAGUUAACAUGACAGUAAUGAGCUCAUCUCAGCGAUGUUUGAGCCGAAGAUCAGUGCUCAGGAAUCAGCCACACAUAUCCACGAUUAGCGACACUGACCCAGAACGACAUAUUAGAGAUAAGAGCUCAUAUUAGAGACAGGACAGGACAGGACAGGUCAGAAGGAUCGGGGGCGGAGUCUUGUCACUGUUUCCCGCAGAUAAAUGACUGCGUUCAUCAUUUAAGAAUCAUCACAGCAUCCAAAUCAGGACCCAAGACACCGACUCAGCUGAGAGGAUUUUAUAUGCUUGAGAUGAAAAUGGGUCCAGAGGAAAGCGCGUGUUUCCAGAGCAGCAUCAGCAUCUCUCGAGCCGUGCCUGCAGGAGCUGUGCUCGGACCAUGUGCUCUGACACACACCUCCCUCUGCGACAGCAUCGCCUUCAUCGCCUGCAAGAGCUCGGACAGACGAGAGACCGCCCGUGUGCUGCAGAUGGACCCAUCAGCGUCAAGCAAAUAUCUGCAGAUGAUUCAGUCAGCCAGAAAUACAGAGGAGCAAAAUCUAGAGGCGUAUAUGAAGAACGGACAUCUGGUUUUCAGAGCCAUAAAGGAUAUUCCUGAAAACACAGAGCUUUUAGUUUGGUAUGGGAGAGAUCUUGCCAAACUGCUUGGCCUCGGCACAGAGCAAAAGAACACAAAAGGUUUAAUUUGCUCUGAAUGCAAACAGAGUUUUCUCUUUGAAUUCCCUCUGUUGGCACACAAGAGGUUUUUCUGCACAAAGAAACCUACAAGCUUCUCGAAGAAAAUCACCAUCCCAGAAUUUCUUAGUCGCAAACCUGCCACAAACUUCCACAAUUUAGCACGAGAGCUGGAGAACUGCAGGAAAAAUCGUCCCACAGAUGCAAAAAGCCCUAAAAGAAGACGUUCUCUUGAAUCAGACACAGACGAGAGUGAUGGCGAAGCGUCAUCUUUGGACACCGAUGGAGACGAAAAGGUAUUAGUGAAAAGGUUUUGUGUUAAUGGAGUGAAUAGAUGUUCCUGGUCGUCCUCCAAGUCUUUCAGCAUGGGCCAAAAUUCUCCAUGCAGCGUUCCACAAUGCCAUGACAACUGCAGGACAGACCCAGACAACCAGGAUUUGAAAUCUAGUACAAUAGUGACAAAGUCUGCAUUCACCACUAGAGUGUCAAGCAAUGUUCAAGGUGACAAGAACAAGAAGAGCGCGUUCACGCAACCUGCUCCUCAUAUCCCGCUGAUGUCAACCAGUCUUACCAACAACCUCAUCACUAACCGGACAUCUGUCCUCCCCGGCAUUCUCACACUCAACUUCCACAGCUCUACUUUACUAAACACGGAUCUUCCAAAACAUUUGGCUCAUCUUUCCAAAGAUGCAAACCUUUGGCCCAAGACCUCCCAUCUACUGCAUCCACACACUAAUCGACUCCAGUCGCUACUGACCACCUCUCUGUCUUCUCUUGGGCUACCUUUCCAGAAUUGGUGCGCUAAAUGUAACAUUUCUUUCCAUUUGACGUCGGACCUGGUGCAACACAUGAGGUCCCACCACAAGCGGGCGCUGUCAGAUGAGAGACAGUCGAGGCACAGGGACGAGAGGCUGAAGUGUCCCGUAUGUAACGAAACGUUCAGAGAGCGUCAUCACCUGUCACGUCACAUGACCUCUCAUACAUAAGCUGCUAGUUUAUAAAAAAGAUAUCGUUUCAUUAAAUAUUUCUCCAACAUUUCCUAGAACUAUCUCAAUAAGCAUUUUAAAAUUAAAAAAAAAAUACUAAUGUAUAUUGUCAUUGUCAAAUUUAACUGUAGUUCUCAUAAACAUUGUUAUAUCGAUGUCAAUGUCGUCUUCAGGGAAUGUGGAUGCAUCACUUUGUAAGCAUAAAAGUUAGUUUUUAAGAUUUAGAUUUAUUAAGUAUUUAUUUUAUAUAUCAGGACAGUCUGACAAAAUUAUGCCAAAUUAUUUGUGAUUUUUAAAUCCAGUUUUCUGUUUUAUAUUACACACUGUAUUUUACAUGUGGUGCCACUUUGUAAUGCACAAAUAAAAAAAAAAAAUAAAAAAAAAAAAAAUGCCUUUUUGAAAACAUCUAUUAUUUGUGCUGUCAGAAAACUAUUUGAUGUCAUCACGGUUUUAUUGUUUAAAACAAUUUUACUGUCCCUUUACUACAUAGGUAUAAAUGGGCAUAUCUAUUUUUAAACAUUUUUGUAAAUAAUUGAAUGAUGUGACCAAAA